AUGUCAUCGACAUAUGUGCAUUACUCGACGCCGUCGUCCCUGCCGUCAGACUAUGCGAUACUGUCCCGGUAUGCGGCCGCACAUCCUGUAGAAGAGGAGGAGCUUGUUCAAGAGGUGGCGGAAAGCACCUUUGAGACGGACGAAGGAGUCAGUACGAGUGCUCUGGAUAUUCCCUCUUCGUCGGGGAUACCAAUAUCGCGUCGGCGCAGCUUCCCAUCGUCUCAUAUUGCGCCAUUCAAUCCUACGCUUGGUCUUCUAUCAGACAAGCACGGUUUCCUGUCAGGUCCUCGUCCACCUAAUCCGUCCGAAAUAACACCUCUUCUCGCACCUCCUGUGCCCCGAAUUGAGGAGGAAGUAGACGAACGGGAUGCCGCUGGAGAGCCCGAUACUCCCGUGAACAUGUACAAGGAGGAGAUUGGUAUCCUCACUAAGUACACUCUGCCAGUUUUUGGAACGCAUCUUUUCGAAUAUUCACUCGUGAUUGCUUCGGUGGUGUCCAUAGGACAUUUAUCGACCACUGCUCUUGCCGCUUCCACGCUUGGUUCAAUGACCGCCAGUGUAUCUGGCUUUAGCAUUGUUCAGGGCUUCGCAAGCACAUUGGAUACAAUGCUUCCGAGCGCGUGGACCUCUUCGCAGCCUAAUCUUGUCGGACUCUGGUCUCAGCGCAUGGUCGUGGUUAUGACCGCGGUCCUCAUGCCUAUUUUACUUGUAUGGUUCAAUUCGGAGACCAUUCUGCUAUCUUUGAAGCAAGAUCCGGAGGUUGCCCAUCUCGCCGCUGUGUAUCUCAAGUAUCUCGCCAUUGGGCUUCCGGCGUACGCGUUCAAUAGCGUCUCUCGUCGGUAUUUUCAAUCACAGGGUCUCUUCACCGUUCCAACUCGUAUUAUCCUUGUCGUAGCGCCGAUCAACGCGAUCUUGAACUACCUUCUUGUCUGGGGCCCCGAAUCAAUCCGUCUUGGUUUCAUCGGGGCGCCCAUUGCCACCGCCAUCUCGUUUAACCUCAUAUCUAUCGCCUCCAUCAUCUAUGGUGUGUUUUUCGUCCCCAAGACCGCUUGGCACCCGAUAUCGUUACGGUGCUUCACCAGUGUUGGUGUCCUUGUGCAGCUUGGGCUUGCAGGUGUUGGCCAGACAGCGUCAGAAUGGUGGUCUUGGGAGCUCGUUGGCCUCGCGGCUAGCAUGCUUGGACCUAUAGCGCUUGCAACUCAAUCUGUCCUUCUCGUUUCUGCCUCGACAACCUACCAAGCCCCCUUCGCACUCAGCGUCGCUACGUCUGUUCGUGUGGGUAAUUUGCUCGGCGAGGAAAACGCCAAGCGUGCAGGCGUAGCUGCGAAUGCAUCGAUUAUUAUGUCCCUGGUCAUCAGCUUAGUGUGGAGUGCCAUGUUCAUGACCUUCAGACACUCGUGGGCGCACCUGUUCAACGACGACCCAGAUGUUGUUGCGCUUGUGGCGUCUAUACUGCCGUUGGUUGCGUUAUUUCAGGUUUUCGACGGACUUGGAGGUGUCACCGGUGGAAUCCUGCGUGCGCGAGGAAAACAGUUCACCGGCGCGCUGUUGAACUUGACUGCUUACUACGUGAUUGGCAUUCCGUUCGGAAUCUGGCUUACAUUCAAGCACGGUUUGCAGCUGCAUGGCCUGUGGAUUGGCCUUACCGUCUCGCUCGUAUACUGCGCCACGGUUGGCGUCUGGAUUUGCGUGCGUACGGACUGGGACAGAGAGGUCGAGAAGGUGCGCAUCCGCCUCGCGGCAGAUCAGAAGCGGCACCACAGGGAGGAUGCGGAGGGAGGAUUGACGAAUUGA